CCGCAGCCCUGCUGAGCGCGUGUGCGAUUGAUGGCGCAGCCUUGCCGGCACUGUUUUAGGGCCUUGGCCGACAUUCAUUGCGGGAGGUUGGUUGAUUCGAGUUGAAGUUAGUCAGCGCUGCCGAAUUUUUACACCCAUCUUUUCCCGCCUAAUCGUUUUAUUGAAUCUGUAGGCAAUAAGCAUGGCGGAUGACAUGAAAGCCGCUGUGGGCGCCCUCCUGAAAGGCAUAGACAGGUACAACCCCAAGAAUCUGGUGAUGUUUGAGCAGUAUGUGGACCGGCAGUGUGCAGAAAACAUGUAUGACCUGGAGGCGAAUUUGGCGGUGCUCAAACUCUACCAGUUCAACCCCAGUGAAUACAACCCAGCUAUCACACAGCGCAUUCUACUGAAGGCAAUCACCAACCUGCCACACACAGAUAUCAUCCUGUGCAAGUGUCUUCUGGCUCCAGAAAAUAUGGAGGAGCCGGAGGUGCAGGACAUCCUGCGGCUCUCCACCCUGCUCGAGCUGUGCCAGUUCCAGGCCUUCUGGGAGAUCAUCGUCGAGCAGCCGUCCAUCAUCGCCGGCAUGACGGGCUUCGAGGACUCGAUCAGGAGGUACGCCUGUCACGUGCUCAACAUCACCUACCAGCGCAUUAGCAAGGAGCUGGUGCGCUCCACCCUCAACGUGACCGCCUCGGAGCUGAACAGCUGGAUAUCGAAGUACGGCUGGACGGACGAGGGCAGCACCGUCUUCAUCCGGACGCAGGAUGAGAGCGUUAAGACCAAGAACAUCCGUGAAAAGGUCGACUUCGAGACAGUGGCGGGCCUGAUGGCGGCGUCAAAGUGACUCGUCUCGGAGCGGGCUUAAUCCUGCAAGUUAUGUCCAAUAAACAGGUGAUGUCGGCUA